UCUGUUUCUGUGCAGAGGAUGGAUAAGUAUUUGCUAGAGCCUCUUUCUGAUAUAACGUUAGUUUUUCUAGUGUACCCCCUUAACAGUGCUGGGUUUGUUGCUGUUCCUCAGCAAAUGCUCUGUGGGAUCUAGUGAUGUAUGAGAGAGGAGGUGAAAGGAAAUGUAGAAAUAAGCUUCCACAAAUGCAUGUUUGCACUGUUGUGUCCAGGAGGGAGUCUCUGCUCUUGUGUUGGGAAAGGACCACAUGAAGUCUUGGGUGCUCAGAGGCCACAUAAACGAUUUAGCCAAACUCUGAGGGUAGCAGGACCAUGCCAAGCUGGGGGGAAAAGUGGGGCCAGAAAUUGAUGUUCGACGGGGAACAGAGAUUGAGGGGAUGAUACUGGAGGGUUGUGCUUAGGGCCAAGCUCCAGAGGCAUCAGAGGCAAGGGAACGAUGAUGGCAUAAGCAGGUGGUGAACCCAAGGCAGACAGGGCUGAGCUCUGACUUCAUUUGUCUCCAAAAAGCACCUUCUGAGUCAUUGCUCAGAAGUGAGAUUUGACAACCCCCCGGGAGCCACAGAUAACCAGGCAUGUCGGACUCCGAAGAGGUUGUCGAAGAAUAUGAGCAGGAGCAGGAAGAGGAGUACGUGGAAGAAGGUCAGGAAGAACAGGUAGAGGAAGCAGAGGAGGAGACCGAAGAAACCAAGGCAGAAGAACAAGAAGAUGAAACGCAAGCACCAGGAGAAGGUGGAGAGGGGGACCGAGAGCAGGAGCCUGGGGAAGGUGAAUCGAAGCCAAAGCCCAAGGUCUUCAUGCCAAACCUGGUGCCUCCCAAAAUCCCAGAUGGCGAGCGACUGGAUUUUGAUGACAUCCACCGCAAGCGGAUGGAGAAGGACCUGAAUGAACUGCAGGCCCUCAUUGAAGCCCACUUUGAGAGCAGGAAAAAGGAGGAAGAGGAGCUCAUGUCCCUCAAGGACAGGAUUGAACAGCGGCGAGCGGAGAGGGCAGAGCAGCAGCGGAUUCGCAGCGAGAGGGAGAAGGAGCGCCAAGCCCGCAUGGCUGAAGAAAGAGCUCGCAAAGAGGAAGAGGAGGCACGGAAGAAGGCUGAGGAGGAAGCACGGAAGAAGAAAGCUUUCUCCAACAUGCUGCAUUUUGGAGGCUACAUGCAGAAGUCAGAGAAAAAGGGUGGGAAGAAGCAAACAGAGCGGGAAAAGAAGAAGAAGAUCCUCAGUGAACGGCGGAAGCCCCUGAACAUUGACCACCUCAAUGAAGACAAGCUGAGGGACAAGGCCAAGGAGCUAUGGCAAACCAUUCGUGAUCUGGAGGCUGAGAAAUUUGAUCUGCAGGAAAAGUUCAAGCGGCAGAAAUACGAGAUCAAUGUCCUCCGAAACCGCGUUAGUGACCACCAGAAAGUCAAAGGGUCAAAGGCUGCCCGUGGGAAGACCAUGGUGGGCGGCCGGUGGAAAUAGAUGACUCAGAAGGCAAAGGAGGCUCAGCCACGGAGAGGUAUAUUGCCUUUUGGUUGACCAGCUGGCUUCCCCACAUCGUGGAGCCUGCACCAUGCGCCCACUCUCCCUCCCACUGCACAGAGCUUGCAAAGACAUUGCUGCAGGCACAGUUCUGUCUGGGUGGGCAGAUGCUUCGCAUGGUGCCGUUUCUCAUCUCCAUGCCCCCAGUUAAUGUUGUGUCUGUAAAUAAAGAGAACGGUGAGGGGG